GGAUUAGAUAGAAUUGAUCAACGUUCACGCCCGUUGUCAAAAACUUAUUCGUAUCCUGAACCCGCAGGUUAUGGUGUGGACGUCUAUGUUGUUGAUACAGGAAUUGACAUCGAUCAUCCAGAAUUCGAAGGACGCGCAAGUUGGGGUAUAACCACUACUAAACGAAAUAUGGAUAAGGAUGAAAAUGGGCAUGGCACUUUUUCACUUGAUAAUGAAGGAACUGGCUCGGUUGAAAGUGUUCUUUAUGGACUUCAAUAUGUGAUUCAAAGUCAUUUGGCUAAAGGUGGUAAAGGAAAAACAGUCGCAAACUUAUCUCUUGGAUCUGAAUAUAAUAGGGCAGUGAAUCUUGCAGUCAGUGAAUUGGUCAAGCAUGGAAUAAUAAUAACAACAGCAGCGGGAAAUGGAAUCGAAGGAAAAGGAGUCGAUGCAUGUCAUGUAUCACCAGCGAGUGCUCGAACAGCAAUAACUGUUGGGUCCACUACUCCAACAGAUCAUAUUUCGAGCUUCUCGAAUUAUGGUGAAUGUGUGAAUUUAUUUGCUCCAGGUCAAGAAAUUCUUUCUUCUUAUCCUUUUCCAUCAAACGGUUCUUCAAUUAAAUCAGGAACAUCAUUUGCUUGUCCUUAUGUUACCGGCGUGGUUUCAUUAAUCCUUUCUGAAUUGAAUCCACAACAAAUAUCCCUCUUGUCAAUCAAAUC